AUGGCAAUCUCCCCAGAAUCUGCCACGCCCUUCCGCAAGAUCAUGGCUGCCAACCGCGGCGAGAUUGCCGUGCGCAUCGCCCGUGCCGGCAUCGAACUGGGCCUCACGACGCUGGCCAUCUACAGCGCUGCCGACCGGCUGCAGCCCCACCGCUUCAAGGCGGAUGAGUCGUACCAGGUGGGGGCUCCCGAGAUGACACCUGUGCAGUGCUACCUGGAUGUUCAAGGGAUCGUGGAGGUGGCCAAGAGGCAGGGAGUGGACGUCGUGCACCCGGGGUACGGCUUCCUGUCGGAGAAUGCGGCCUUUGCACGCGAGUGCCAGAGGCAGGGCAUCACGUUUGUGGGGCCGCUGCCAGAAACGAUUGAGGCGAUGGGCGACAAGACGGUGGCGCGGCGCCUGGCGCAGGAGUGCGGCGUGCCUGUGGUGCCCGGCACGGACGAUGCCCUGGCCAGCGCAGAGGAGGCGAAGGUGUUUGCGGCGGCAGCAGGCUACCCGGUGAUCCUCAAGGCCCGCAGCGGCGGCGGCGGCCGCGGCAUGCGCGUCGUGCGCGCGGAGGAUGAGAUGGAGGACCUCUUUGCCCGCGCCUCGAACGAGGCCAAGGCCGCCUUUGGCGACGGCGGCAUGUUCUGCGAAAAGUAUGUUGAGGAUCCGCGGCACAUCGAGGUGCAGAUCCUGGCAGACAACCACGGAGGCGUGGUGCACCUGUACGAGCGGGACUGCUCCGUGCAGCGGCGCCACCAAAAGGUGGUGGAGAUGGCGCCCGCCCCCGGCCUGGCGGCGGAAGUCAAGGAGAAGCUGUACGAGGCGGCGGUGAAGCUGGCCAGGCACAUUGGAUACCGCAAUGCCGGCACCGUUGAGUUCAUGGUGGACAAGCAGGGCGCUUUCUACUUCCUGGAGGUCAACCCGCGCAUCCAGGUGGAGCACACGGUGACCGAGGAGAUCACCGGGGUGGACCUGGUGCAGAGCCAGAUCAAGAUUGCAGGAGGCGCGACCCUGGCGGAGCUGGGCCUGGGCGACCAGGCCGCGGUGCCGCCCCCCAGCGGCUUCGCCAUCCAGUGCCGCGUCACUUCCGAGGACCCCGAGCGCAACUUCCAGCCUGAUUCGGGGCGCAUCACGGCGUACCGCUCGCCCGGCGGGCACGGUAUCCGCCUGGACGGCGCCAUGGCGGCGGGAAACUCGGUAUCCCGCCACUACGAUUCCCUGCUGGUCAAGGUCAUCUGCAAGUCGCCCACCUUCAUUGGCGCGGUGCAGAAGAUGCAGCGCUCGCUGUACGAGUUCUACAUCCGAGGCAUCAAGACCAACAUCGCCUUCCUGGAGAACGUGCUGCGCCACCCCGAGUUCCUGGGCGGCGCCGCCACCACAUCCUUCAUCGAGCGCAACCCGGAGCUGUUUGAGUUCGACACCUCGGGCUCCAGCGAGAUUUCCCACCUGCUGGAGUACCUGGCUGAGCAGGUGGUGAACGGGGCGCAGCACCCGGGCGCCGUGGGCCCUCCGCCGGCCAAGGUGGCCCCUGCCCCGCCGCCGCUGCCCCCCGGGGCAGACCCCCACAUCGUGCCCGCGGGCUGGCGGGACUACCUGCUGACCCACGGGCCGGAGAAGUGGGCGCAGGCGGUGCGGGAGCACCGCCAGACGCGGGGCGUGCUGCUCACCGACACAACCAUGCGUGAUGCCCACCAGAGCCUGCUGGCCACACGCAUGCGGACGGUAGACAUGCUGCGUGCGGCCCCCGCCACCGCGCACAUCCUGGCGCGGGCGGGCAGCCUGGAGGUGUGGGGCGGGGCUACCUUUGACGUGGCGCUCAGGUUCCUGCACGAGUGCCCCUGGAGGCGCCUGGAGCAGCUGCGGGAGAAGAUCCCCAACAUCCCUUUCCAGAUGCUGCUGCGCGGCGCCAACGCGGUGGGCUACACCAGCUACCCAGACAACGCGGUGCUGGCGUUUGUGCGGGAGGCCAAGCUGGCGGGGGUGGACAUCUUCCGCGUCUUCGACUCCCUCAACGACAUAGACCAGCUCAAGUUUGGCAUAGACUCGGUGCGUGCGGCGGGGGGCGUGGUGGAGGGCACGCUGUGCUACACGGGCGAUGUGAGCAACCCGCGGGCAUCCAAGUACACUCUGGAAUACUACAUGGGACUGGCAGAGAAAAUGGUGGACCACGGUAUCCACGUGCUGGCCAUCAAGGACAUGGCGGGCCUGCUGAAGCCGCGCGCCGCUACCAUGCUCAUCGGCGCCCUGCGCCAGAGGUUCCCUGACCUCCCCAUCCACGUGCACACCCACGACACCGCCGGCACUGCCGUGGCCACCCAGCUGGCGGCGGCGGCCGCGGGCGCAGACAUCAUCGACUGCUGCAUCGACUCGGUCAGCGGCACCACCAGCCAGCCGUCCAUGGGGGCGAUCGUGCACUCGCUGGCGGGCUCAGACCUGGACACAGGCAUCGACCCCGACUCGCUGCUGCCGUUGAUCGACUAUUGGGACCAGACGCGCCUGCUCUACGCGCCCUUCGAAUCCAACCUGCGCAGUUCCUCCUCCGAUGUGUACCGCCACGAGAUGCCUGGCGGGCAGUACACCAACCUCAAGUUCCAGGCAGCUUCCCUGGGCCUCGCCUCUGAGUGGGGCCGCGUCAAGCACGCCUACGCCGCCGCCAACCGCGCCCUGGGCGACAUCGUCAAGGUCACCCCCAGCUCCAAGGUUGUCGGCGACCUGGCCCAGUUCAUGGUUUCCAACAGCCUGGAUGAGCACAGCCUGGUGGCGCAGGCAGACGCGCUGUCCCUGCCAUCCAGCGUUGUGGAGUACCUGCAGGGCUACCUGGGCCAGCCCGUGGGCGGCUUCCCCGAGCCGCUGCGGUCGCGCGUGCUCAAGGACAAGCCGCGGGUGCAGGGGCGGCCGGGCGCCUCCAUGCCUCCCAUGGAUCUCAAGGCCUUGGAGCAGGAGCUCAAGGACCGCCACCACGGGUCGAUGUGCGGCGGCUCAGUCUGCUCCUGCAUCAGCAUACGCGACGUGCUGUCUGCGGCCAUGUACCCCAAGGUGUUUGAGGAGUACAAGACCUUCACCGCGCGCUUCAGCGAGCAUAUCGAGAAGCUGCCCACCCGCGCCUUCCUGGCGCCGCUGGACGUGGAUGAGGAGGUGGAUGUGGAGAUGGCGCCGGGCAACGUGGUCAGUAUCAAGCUGAAAGCGGUGGGGGAGCUGCAGCCCAAUGGCACGCGGGAGGUGUUCUUCGAAUGCGAUGGUGUGCCUCGCGUGGUGGAAAUCAAGGAUCUGGGCAAAGACACGGUGGCUGCCGCCCGCCGCCCGGCUCGCGACAAGGCCGACGUCGGCGACGCCGGCUCGGUGCCGGCUCCCAUGGCCGGGGAGGUGAUCGAGGUGAAGGCCGCGCCGGGGCACUUUGUGACCGCAGGGCAGGCCCUGGUGGUGAUGAGCGCCAUGAAGAUGGAGACGUCGGUGGCGGCGCCCACCAGCGGUACCGUAUCCCACGUAUACGUCAUCAAGGGCGACCAGUGCGAGACGGGUGACCUGCUUGUGCUCAUCAAGCCCGGCACAGAGGCGCCGCAAAACGGCGACGGCGGCGGCGGCAGCGGCGCCGAGGCGGCUGCAGCCACGACGGCCGUCGCUGCGGCCUCCUGA